AUCUGUAUUUUACUUUCAUUGUGAAAUUACCAUUGCAAGUCAACUUUAGGAUAUUAGAUGAAUCUGGUAUGUUAAUUGAGUCUGUUUUUGGGACUUAUUCCUUUAUCAAGUUUCAACCCAUCAAAACCAUCCAUCUGGUCCUAGUGGGGAUGUUCAGGGCUUGUUCUAAUAUUAGAUCAUAGAAAGAGAAACCAUACUUAUCAAUCAAUAUAAAAAUGUAUGUGUCUAUAUGUGAAUGCUUGCAUUCGGUUUUAUCCUUCCUGGUAUUUAGCAGACAUUUGACUGAGAGAUUGAAAACGAACCAUCCAAUUUAGAUUAAUGAAAUGAAACUAGAACCUUCAACAUAUAUAGAAUAAUCUAAAUUUGCAACCACCAUUUUACUCAACUCCCAGUGUCCCAAAAAACAUGCACCCCACGUUCAAGCCAUUGCUCAUAAAUGGAAAAACAAACAAAACAAUCACAACUCACAGGUGUAAAUUCCCCAAGAAACAUACUUCGUCCCUAAAUUCAUUUGGAAGAGGGGACUUUUAUGUUUUCCUUCCUUUCCCUCUUCCAUACCUCUCUCGAAAAACCACCACCACAAUACCAUUCUCUUCCUUGCUUUUUGUUUUGACUCCUCGGCCUCAAGUUCUUGUUGAAACCUAAAAACAGAACAUUUGAACAUGGUUCAGCAAGAAGAAGACAGAUCCUGGUCUAAUAUGUUUGGUCUUAAGGACUCACAUGAUAACAAAGGAAGACAUGCAAAGAGUUUGAGCAUUGACAGUGCUGUUAAAUUUGAUGGAGCAGCUCUUGAUCACAACUCGAAACCUCAAAGCGACAGGUGUCCCAAGUUGAAUCGAACCUUUGAAGAAAUAACUGCUGCCUUCCAAGCCAGAGAAAAGCAGCUUUUAGCUGAUAUGGACCAGAUGAAGGAAAAGUUUGCGAAGUUACUCUUAGGUGAGGAUAUGUCAGGUGGAGGGAAGGGAGUUUCAUCGGCUUUAGCACUGUCUAACGCCAUUACCAACCUUGCUGCUUCCGUUUUUGGUGAGCAAUCCCGCUUAGAGCCUAUGACGCCUGAAAGGAAAUUAAGGUGGAGAAAAGAAAUAGAUUGGAUGUUGUCUGUCGCUGAUCACAUUGUUGAACUUGUUCCUUCCCAACAGAAGGGCAAGGAUGGAUCCAACAUGGAGAUAAUGGUCACAAAGCAACGUAUAGAUCUUCAUAUGAACAUUCCGGCCCUGCGGAAACUUGAUGCAAUGCUGAUUGAUUGUCUAGAUAACUUCAAGGACCAGAAUGAAUUCUAUUAUUUGUCAAAAGAUGCCUCGGACUCGGAGAAAGGAAAACACAAGAGAAAAGAUGAUAAAUGGUGGCUGCCUACCGUUAAAGUUCCCGAAGACGGACUUUCAGAUAAGAGCAGAAAAAAUCUGCAGAGCCAAAAAGAAUCUGUGACUCAAGUGCUUAAAGCAGCAAUGUCAAUUAAUGCUCAAGUUCUUUCAGAGAUGGAGGUCCCUGAAAACUACAUUGAAGCCCUCCCUAAGAAUGGGAGAGCUAGUCUUGGUGAUUUAGUUUACAGGAGUAUCACAGUUGAAUUCUUUGACCCUGAUCAAUUUCUCUCCUCCCUGGACUUAUCGUCCGAGCACAAGAUUUUAGACCUCAAGAACAGACUUGAGGCAUCAAUAGUCAUAUGGAAGAGAAAGAUGACCCAAAAGGACGGAAAAUCGGGUUGGGGUUCUGGUGUUAGCUUUGAGAAGAGAGAGCUAUUCGAGGAGAGAGCUGAAACCAUCUUACACAUUAUCAAACAUCGGUUCCCUGGACUUCCUCAAUCUUCACUAGACAUCAGUAAAAUCCAAUACAACCGGGAUGUUGGGCAAGCUCUCCUAGAGAGCUAUUCGAGAAUACUGGAGAGCUUGGCCUUUACAGUCUUAUCGAGAAUCGAAGAUGUCCUCCAAGCUGAUAAUAUUACCCAAAAUCCUAAUCCACAGCCAUGCAAACGCAACAGUUUAAAGGACGACAGCCAGCCUAAUUCAGUGUCUACAAGUCCAAGAUAUGAUGUGGAAACAGCGAACGCAAAAACCCUAUCAGAUUUACUUACUUGGACCAUGGAUCAAAAUGACUACGACGAUAGGAUGGACUCAGAUGACGGAUCCAUAGAUGUUGAACCAAGCAUGCAAAAGCUAAACGUAGUGACAAACACUAGCAAGAAGUCCUAUCUUGAGAGCUUGGCCGGAGUAAGAAGCCCUACGGAACGCCAUUAAUAGAGGAGACUAUAAAAACUGGAAGCAGAUAGAGAAUAGAGAGAGUGUGUGUUAUAGAUAGAGGAAUAUUAAGUGUGAGAAAGCUUGACCUUCAACUAUAGGUUUUUUUCAACCUAAAUGGGAUUACUCUUGACUUGUGGGCUGCUUGUUUCAUUAUGUAUGCUCUAUUCUUCCUCUUGUAAAUAGGGAAGACAACUAAAACUCUGGAGUUUAAAGCCACUCCAUAUAUUAAUACCUUUAGAAACCAAGACAAAAGGUGUUUCUAGAUUCAUAGCCAUGGAAAGAAAUCAUGUUUCUUCGUGGUUGUUUCUUCUAUUUGUUUGUGAAAUUGUACAUUUUGGCAAAUUUUGCUAGAUUUUUCAAACAGUGUAUCACUUACUUGGUAGUGCAGAUCUGCUUUCUGAUAUAUUACAAGAAUUCAGCAUUCAAAUCUACAAUUUGUCCAGAGAAUUAGGCAGUUGUUAAAUCCAAUGGCAAUGGACAUAUUAUUAGUUCUUCAAUGACAGUUCAGAUCAGUAAUCAGAAGGGAUAGGAUCGUUGUCAAAGAGAAGAAAUUUUAAAGCUGAAAGCAAUGCACCAGUUAAGCGUGAAACAAAUGUCAUUGGAUCGAUAGCCAAGGUCACAUUUUAGGAUUACAUGUUUGAAAAGUGAAACAAGAUACAUACAAUGAAAAGCUUAAAGAGUUUAACUAAAUUAGAUCUUGCCACGCGGCCCAGGCUUGGGUGGGAGUUGCGGACCUUUCUUGAUCGGUAGAAGGUCAUCGGAAGCAGUGGCACUGAGGUAAAGACCGAGGGAACCGCCUCCCAAGAUCAGGAACUUGAGCAACAAUCCUCUCUUGGUAAAUGGAGCUGCAAAUGUCUCAAAGAACUUGCUCUGCAAUUCCAAACAUUUGACCAUACUUCUGUUAGUUAAUGCAAAUAAUUCGUUUCUUGAGUUCCACAAUCAAUAAAACCAAACAGCAUCAGACUUCAUUCAGUUAUCAAUCAACUAAAGCAAGAAAGCCACCAAAUAUUACAGUAUGGCCUGUAUAAAAUUACUCUGCAAAUCUUUUCUCAGAUACCAAAUUCAUCAAAACAGAGAAUAAGGGUCAAACCUGGAGUGGGUUGUACGGUGAAGGUGCAUCGGACCCAUACAAGUCCCAUUGCCCAGUUGUGUUGCCAAUAUCCUCCAAAUCAAAGUAUAUACUCUUAUCACCAUACUUUGCUACCACAGCACCAGCCCUAUCAAAGAAGGAGGUACACUUUUUUUUUAUUUUAAAAAUAAAUUUAUACACAAAUGGGCUGAAUUUAAACAGUAGGGAUCUGCAGGUAAGAAAUUAAGCUUUUGGGGUUACCUGUAGUUUUUGGGUUUGAAACUCUGGCGAGUUGACUUCACCAAGAGCUUGGUUCCAUUGAGAGAGCUGCCACCAAGGCCCUUGAUGGUCGUUGGUUGAACACCAGCUAAGGUUGCAAGAGAAGCCAUUGCCUUGGUUUCUGGUUCCUAACUG